AUCCCUCAUCAGUCAACACUUUCUCCCCACCUCUCUCAAGAACGAUGGCUUUCGUUCAGCCCGCCGCCAUCGAUGGUGGACUCGAUCCCCGUGUCCACCUCUCAGAGAAGGAACAAGUUGCCAUCAUUGGGCCUCCUCUCGAAGACGCUUCUCCUGACGGUACAGUCCCCAACUUCGAGACAUACCUCUACUACGCACAGAUUCAGCGUGAGCAGGAGAGAAAUGACUCCAGACCUGCUCAUGAAGUCGAGGAACGUCACUGGGCUGGUCUCUUUUCAAGAGCCAUCAAGCCUCCACCCUCAGACAAGGCGUCUAUCGCCUCCGCCACAGACGAGAAAAGGGAGCCCUCUGAGGAGAAUGCCGUUUAUAUCAGCAAGCAGGAAAAGCGCAAUGCUUCUGGCGCGCUCAGGACUGCUACCUGGUCAAGCGUCUUCUAUCUCAUCACGACAGAUAUCCUCGGCCCCUACUCUGCACCGUGGGCAUUUGCUCAGGUCGGCUAUGGACCGGGAGUCGCCUGUUUCUUUGUAUUUGGUGUAAUGGCGGCUUAUGGCGGUUUCCUUCUCUGGUGGAUGUUCCUGCAUCUUGAUUCAGAAAGAUAUCCCCUGCGAACUUUUGGUGAUUUGGCUCAUCGCAUCUUUGGAAAAUAUGCUCGCCUUGUUUGUAACAUCUUACAAAGCUUGCAGCUCAUCUUUAAUGUCGGUCUAAUUAUUCUUGGCAAUGGUCAAGGGCUAUCGCAAAUGGCCAAAUUCAAACUAUGCUUCGUUGUCUGCAACGUUGUAUGGACCUUGGCAGGAAUGAUCUUUGGCCAAAUCCGAACACUGCAGAAGUUCGGUUGGAUCGCAAAUUUGUCCAUCUGGAUGAACAUCAUCGUCUUGAUCAUGACCAUGGGCGCUGUUCCUCACAUGGCACCAAACUAUACAGCCACCGUCGCGAACUACGUUGCCGGUGCAGUCGAACCACCAGUUCAAACCCUUGCCAUCUUUCAACAGGCUUUCCAGACUCAGUUGACCGGUAUCAUGCAAAUCGUCUUCUCGUACGGUGGAGCCAUGAUUUUCAUCGAGUUCAUGGCCGAGAUGCGCCGUCCUUGGGACUUCUGGAAAGCUAUGACUGUCGGACAAGGUUUCAUCUUUGUCGUCUAUAUGUUCUUUGGUCUCUUUGUCUACUCUUACCAAGGCCAAUAUACCGUAAACCCCGCUAAUCAAGGCAUAUCUGCCUAUGGCCUUCAGACUGCUACCAACGCCGUUUCACUCACUGCCGGUUUAAUUGCUGCCGCGCUCUAUGGCAAUAUCGGUGUUAAAGUCAUCUACAAUAACAUUGGUGUCGCACUCUUCAAAGCCCCACCUUUGACGGUACCACGUGGGAAGAUGAUCUUUGCUAUCUCUGUGGUCGUAUACUGGUCCAUCGCAUUUGUGAUUGGAUCAGCCGUGCCUCAGUUCAGCAACAUAUCUGCUCUGAUCGCCGCUGUCUGCAUUUUCCAAUUCUCGUAUACAUUCCCUCCCCUGUUGAUGCUGGGAUUCACUAUGCAAUAUGACGCUGUCAAGGGAGAUGAGCAGUUUGACCCUAACAACCCCGAUGCGGCGUGCCGUGUUGACUCGUGGCGACAGUUGUCACGCUGGAGGCGUGCUUUGUCCAGUCCAACCAGUCUUCGUUUCUGGUUCAAGAUGUGGAACUUUUUGCUUACUCUCGCAUGUUUCGCCUGUGCGGGGUUGAGCUCUUACUCCGCGAUUGAGGCCAUCCAACUAGGCUUCCAGACUGGUAGCGCCUCGACGUCGUUCAGCUGUCAAUCACCCGUGGAUAAAAGUGGAUAGAUGACCAUUCUGUAUGUAAUAACGCAAGCCUCUCGCAAUGAAUAGUGAUGACUACUACGCCAAACUCGGAGGUGUGGGAUUUGUGGGGAUGUGGGUAAGAUUGGUAGACGUGGUGAUAUAUUAUGUAUGUGGGAGUGGGGGUGUUCACGCGAUAGGUGACGGUGAUGGUGACGACGAGUGAUGUGUGGGAUAUGUGCACGGGCACGCAGAUUUCGUUUUCAUGUCUUAAAGAUGAGGGUAUCAAGUGUCAUUGAUGUAGUCUUUUGCGCUUGUGUGGGAAGGUUGCUUCCUCCGAGCUUAUUUCGUUUGUAAUUCAUAGAUAUAGUACAUAAUUUCGAAAUAUCUCUCUUCAAA